GCACUUGCCCAGCCUGGAUAAAGGGAGUUUCAAGCUCCCUAGGCUAAGAGUGGAGUUUAUAGGUGAAGGGAAAAAUGGAACCUCCAGGGUGUGAGCAGAGGAUAACAAAGGUCUCUCUAGCUGACCUUCUGAGGUGUUUUGAACAUCCUGUAAGCGAGGAGCAAGCCUGGGCUAUCUGCUUUCAGUGUUGCAGAAAAAUAGAGCAGGUGGCUCAGGGGCUGUGCACAACUCUCCAUUCUGUGUUCAUAAAAGGUUCUGGAAGCAUCUUUAUCCAUGCUGAUGGUACUGCUUCCUUCAAGGUCUACCACAAGUCUGAUGUUGGCAGCAUUCAGCAAUCAGAGGACAAGCUGUUGGAGUACUUGGGAGUGGUGAUCUAUGAAGCCCUGGACUGGGGAAUUGACAGCCAAGUGGAGCGAGAACUGAGCGAGCCUUUGGAGAAACUGCUGUGCCUCAUGUUGAAACUGAAUGACGAGGCAACAGAACCACCAGUCACCCUGCAGGAUGUUAUCAAGGCCUGUGAGGAGCACUUGUCCAGGCCUUCUGAGGCUACCAGCCAUUAUGAAAUGACCUGUAGGAGUCUGUUUACUGAAUAUGUAGAACUUCAAAAGCUUGUGACCAUCAUCCAGACCUCCAAAGAGAGACUGAGAAAAAUGGAUGUGGAAGAUUGGUUGGAAAAUCCCAUUCAAAAGAAGAAAACCCGUGGUGCAUCCCUGUGGCCCAGUGUCAUCUGUGAGCUGCAGACUGGUGUGAGGCUGCGCAAGGCCGCCGAGCGACCACAGCGUUGUGUGUCUCCAAAAGAACGUAUUCGCUCUCCCUAUGAGAUGCUUUUGGAUGACAUUCAGCAGAAGAGGUACACUCUGCGCAAGGUGACUGUCAAACAAAAGCACAGGGCCUCCACAGUAGAUGUAGCUGCUCUCAAGCCUCAUCUAAAGCCGAUGUUGAAGGUGAAGCUGAAACAGCAUGGGCCACUGGAGCCCAGGUGGCACGAACAGCUCAUGGCAGAAAUAAAACAACCACCAAAGCUUCGGGCAGCAGCACAGGAAAAGAGGAGCAGGCCCAAAGAAAUGCUUGAGGCAUCAAAUACUGCCUUGAACUCUCCAAACAACAAUUUCUUACAUCUCCAAGAUGCCAGUACUGAGUUUAAAAUUACCAACACUAAAACACAGCAGCUGGGAGCAGGAGCUCAGAUUAUGAACAUCCUGUCCUCUGGUCUACAGGAAACCAUUCCAAAGCUGCCUGCCAGCACCUGCCUUCCUUCUACCAGGCUAUCAGGAGUAUCCUGCAUCAGCACAGGUCUCACUGCAAAUUGCAUGUCUCCUCCCAUGAGUGCACCCACACCAGGAGACAUUAAGCCUAAAUGUUUCCUGAGCACUGGCCAACAGCAGCUGCCUCCUUACAGAGGAAGGUCCAGAUCUUUAGAGAGAGGCCUUCAGAGCAAGCAGCUUGACUGUCCCAUUCCUACCAAGUGGCCAUCGCCAACCAUUGCUGAGCUGAUUGGAACCAGAUAUGCAAUGAUGGUGCUGGAAGGGCAAGGCCUAUUCCAAGGAGGUAGUCAUGGUGUCUUUCCAAGAGCAAAGAUCUGUUUCAGCUGCCAUAAGCAGAUGUUUCUUAAGUGGCCUUACAACUGUUACCUCUGCAGCAGGGUUGUCUGCUGUGACUGCUGCGUUAAGAUGUCCAUGCCGUUCAGAAUGUGUUUGCAUCUCCCACUUCAAUUCCUAAAAUUUUUGAGACUAUCCAGAGAGGAGGAUCCAGCUAUUCAAGAGCAGAAGAGUUCUGAGUUGCUACGUGAAAUACAGCACCGACAGUAUUUUGGUGUACCCGUUGUUUUGGAGCCCCAUGGCCUAGCACAGCCCCAGUGCUGUUACACAGCAACCAUGGCAGACUGGCAGACUGCAGACAUCUGUACAUGGUGUGAGCAAUACCUGUUGAAUGUGGCUUCCAGUCAACAGCACAGCAUCCCUCUCAGGAGAAUUUCCUGGGCUUGAGCCAAACUGGAAUGAUUCUACUAUACAUUUCUCCUGUCACUUGUUAUGUACCUGAAAUAAAUGAAACAGUUUUAUGCACCUACUGACAUAAAGGCCUGAAUGGAAGACCUCCCUGCUGGUUAGUCUAAGCAGGAAGCACAGUUAGCAUUUCUGUAUUGUGAAGUAUUCUAAGGCUUUGUGGGUUUUAGAACUGUUUUAAUUCUUUUUACGUGUCUUGGGGAAAAUAAAUGUUGAAGCACUA